CAUCUGCAAGGCGCCUGCGCAGCUCCUGGGCCGCUUCGCUGCACUAGGUUUGAGCCCUGCGAGCCCCGGUGGCGCGGCUGCGGCGCAGUACCGGCCUCCUCCUCGGCGUUCCCACGCCCAUUCGGCGCGCUCUCGGCCUCCACGUCAGGGCCGCGACGCGGAGAUGGCGGCUCAGAAGAUAAACGAGGGGCUGGAGCACCUGGCCAAAGCAGAGAAAUACCUGAAAACUGGUUUUUUAAAAUGGAAGCCAGAUUAUGACAGUGCUGCUUCUGAGUAUGGAAAAGCAGCUGUUGCUUUUAAAAAUGCCAAACAGUUUGAACAAGCAAAAGAUGCCUGCCUGAGAGAAGCUGUUGCCCACGAGAAUAACAGGGCUCUUUUUCAUGCUGCCAAAGCUUAUGAACAAGCUGGCAUGAUGCUGAAGGAGAUGCAAAAACUCCCGGAGGCUGUUCAGCUGAUUGAGAAAGCCAGCAUGAUGUACCUGGAGAAUGGCACCCCGGACACAGCAGCCAUGGCCUUGGAGCGGGCCGGAAAGCUUAUAGAAAACGUGGAUCCAGAAAAGGCUGUGCAGUUAUAUCAGCAGACAGCUAAUGUGUUUGAAAAUGAAGAACGCUUACGACAGGCAGUUGAAUUACUAGGAAAGGCCUCCAGGCUGCUGGUGCGAGGGCGCAGGUUUGAUGAGGCGGCGCUCUCUAUUCAGAAAGAAAAAAAUAUUUAUAAGGAAAUUGAGAAUUAUCCAACUUGUUAUAAGAAAACAAUUGCCCAAGUCUUAGUGCAUCUGCACAGAAACGACUACGUGGCCGCAGAGCGCUGCGUCCGGGAGAGCUACAGCAUCCCUGGCUUCAACGGCAGUGAGGACUGCACCGCCCUGGAGCAGCUGCUUGAGGGCUACGACCAGCAGGACCAGGACCAGGUGUCCGAGGUCUGCAACUCGCCCCUGUUCAAGUACAUGGACAAUGACUACGCGAAGCUGGGCCUGAGCCUGCUGGUCCCAGGAGGGGGAGUCAAGAAGAAGGCGGCGGCCCCCCCACAGGCCACGCCCGAAGGCCACGCCGCCCCCACCGCUGAGGACGAGGAGGACGAGUAUGCAGGGGGGCUGUGCUAGGCGCUCGUCCCCUCACAGACCCCACACGGCCCGGACGUCGCCGCAUGGCCCGGGGUGCGGCCAGACCUCACGCCAUCCUGGCUCUGAUGCUGGUAAAGACAAAGUCUUAGCUCCCGUUUCCUGGAUUACCCGUCCUGCCCACUGCCUGUGAAGCAUUUUUUUCUUUCCAUGAUAAGAGCUCUUCUCAGACACCAGCAGGCAUUAACAGAGAAAUGUACUGUCACAUUUUAGGACAGUUGACUUUAAAAUUGGCAAACCAAAUUCUAGACAGAUCUGUUCUAAACAAAGAUAAUAGGCAUAGAUAGUCUUAGAUAGCCUUUUCUCUUGGGCUCUUGUAAUUUAUUGUUAGAGAAGGUUUUUUUGCAUUUUAUUUAAUAAUUGCUGUUAAAAGUGAUGUAUACUGGUUAAACAAAAUAGUAUUUUAAACAUUUGUUCUGCCUUCAGAAGGAAAUUUAUCUCCCAUGAUAAUCAGAGACAUUUAAAUUGUUCAAUCUUCAGAGGCAAGAUUGGGACAGGAAGCUGUUUUGAGCCUUAAGAUGUUACUUAUCUUAAUGCAAGACGCAUCUAAAGUCUCAUGUGUAAGUUUGAACAUUUUGAAGGUGGCAUAUUACAGUGAUUCUGUAAAUGUCUUCAGCUGUUUCUGGAAUAUGGGUAUUUUUCCACCUGAAACACAUAGUGACAGUCUCUAAACCCACCAGGUUGUUGACCGACUGGGACUAAUGAGGACCUUUGUCCUGAGUUCGCACAGUGUGGUGGUUUCCAUCAGGCUGGGGUGCAUACGUGGCUUCCCUCUGCGUCGUCCAGGGCUAUGACAGGACAGCACCUUGACUCGGGAGGUGCUGUCUGUAAACCUCCUGCAUGUGGCUGAAAGGCGGGGGCUGAGUUUCAAGGGCUGGGCUGCCGCUGUCUAGUGCUUCCUGGGUCUUUCCUGACGGGUCAUUUUUGAGGCGUUCCUCUCCCUGUGCUCGGAGCCGUCUUCCUGUCCCCUGAUUGGAAAGAGGCCCAGACACCGCAGUGCGCUCUGCAGGAGACGCUGCCCGCCUGGCUUCCCGGGCUCGGAUCUGCUGGCCUCCCUGGGACCCUGAGGCGGGUCAUCAUGAGUGGUCGCAGCCACGCUGGGCUCUGUGACGGGUUCGGGGAACGUCCUCGCGGGGCCCGUGUGCCGGGGUGGGUGGGCAGUGGAUCCACGCAGUCUCUCCAGUCCCCCUGUUGCCAGCGUGGCUCUGCAGGCUGCAGCGCACUUCCAGUCACUGUUGGGAGACACUGAGUGGUGGUCUCAGAAAAGCCAUGUUCAGGUGUUUGUGGUUAAU